AGGAAACAUUGGAAACCCGAAUCACCCGAUCCCAAUCCACAACAAAUUGAAGAUCCUUCGCUCGAAACGGGAAACUCGACGCUCAAAUACGUUUCGGAAUCAAUCACCGUUAGCAAAAAGGCCUCAGUCGUCCCCUUCCUUCGCAGACACACAAAUGGUUGCUCAGGACGCAACCACAGAAGAAUGAGAAUAAGCGUGCGCGGCGCAGAGGCACGGAAUGGGCAACAAGAUCGCGCGCACCACCCAAGUCUCCGCCUCCGAGUACUACCUCCACGACCUGCCGUCCUCCUACAACUUGGUCCUCAAGGAGGUUCUCGGCCGAGGCCGUUUCUUCAAGUCGAUUCUCUGCAAGCACGACGAGGGCUUGGUCCUCGUCAAGGUCUAUUUCAAGCGUGGCGAUUCCAUUGAUCUCAGAGACUACGAGCGCCGUCUCUUCCAGAUUAAAGAGAUUUUCCUUGCCCUUGAUCACCCUCACGUUUGGCCCUUUCAGUUCUGGCAAGAAACAGAUAAAGCAGCUUACCUUUUGAGGCAGUACUUCUUCAAUAAUCUACAUGAUCGACUAAGUACUCGGCCUUUCCUCAGUCUAGUCGAAAAGAAGUGGUUGGCUUUUCAGCUACUUCUUGCUUUGAAACAGAGCCACGAGAAAGGAAUUUGCCAUGGUGAUAUAAAGUGUGAGAAUGUGCUGGUCACUUCUUGGAAUUGGCUUUACCUUGCUGACUUUGCAUCCUUCAAACCCACUUAUAUUCCCUAUGAUGACCCUUCUGAUUUCUCCUUUUUCUUUGAUACUGGAGGAAGAAGGCUCUGUUAUCUUGCACCUGAAAGAUUUUAUGAGCAUGGAGAUGAGAUGCAGGUUGCACACGAUGCACCUUUAAGACCAUCUAUGGAUAUCUUUGCUGUAGGGUGUGUAAUUGCUGAGCUUUUCCUUGAGGGUCAGCCACUAUUUGAACUCUCCCAGCUUCUUGCCUAUCGUAGAGGGCAAUAUGAUCCUAGCCAACAUCUUGAGAAGAUCCCUGAUUCUGGAAUCCGCAAGAUGAUACUACAUAUGAUUCAAUUGGAACCAGAGUCGCGACUUUCUGCUGAGAGCUACCUGCAGGAAUAUGCAGCUGUCGUGUUUCCAAGAUAUUUCUCGCCAUUUCUGCAUAAUUUCUACUGCUACUUGAAUCCUUUUCAUUCUGAUACAAGGGUUGCGGUAUGCGAGAGAGUUUUCCGUGAGUUACUUAAGCAUAUGAUGAACAGUAAUGGCUCUAGUGAUGAACUGUCACAAGAAAUGGUUGCAAAACAAAACAUCAAUUGGACAAAGGACUCUUCAAGGAAGAGAGAGCAGAUGUUAAUUCGUGACCAGUUUGAACUUCUCGGUGACUUUAAUAUGCUGCUCAGGGAUGUUAAACAGAAUAAUGAUUACCCUAGUGCCAAGCCGAUGCUUGAAGAUGCAGCCAAUACUGAUUUUUCCCAAAAUCUUAAAACCCAUGCAAUGCAAUCACCUGGUGAUCUACUUCAAACUAUCUCCAAUGCAUUUAGGAGAAAUGAUCAUCCCUUUCUGAAAAAGUUUACAAUGAAUGAUUUGAACACAUUGAUGACUGAGUAUGACAGCCAAUCAGAUACCUUUGGCAUGCCUUUUUUACCCUUACCUGAAGACAGUAUGAGAUGCGAAGGAAUGAUUCUGAUUGCCUCUCUUCUUUGCUCCUGCAUAAGAAAUGUCAAGUUGCCUCAUUUGAGGAGGGUAGCCAUACUUUUGCUCAAGUCUUCUGCACUAUAUAUUGAUGACGAAGAUCGGUUGCAGCGAGUGCUUCCAUAUGUUGUUGCAAUGCUUUCUGAUCCAGCCGCAAUUGUGCGUUGUGCUGCCUUGGAGACUUUGUGCGAUAUUCUGCCUUUAGUUCGAGAUUUUCCUCCCAGUGAUGCAAAAAUCUUUCCAGAGUAUAUUCUUCCAAUGCUUUCCAUGCUACCUGAUGAUCCCGAGGAAAGUGUCAGAAUCUGUUAUGCCAGCAAUAUUGCUAAACUAGCACUCACUGCUAACAGAUUCUUGAUUCACUCAAUAAGCAUGAGUGAGGCAGGAGUUCUUAAUGAAUUGACUUCCACACAGAAGCCAAUGGCAUCAUAUAAUGAGACAUCUGAAAGGAUAAAUAGUGAUGCACGACUAGCACAGCUGAGGAAAUCCAUUGCAGAGGUUGUUCAAGAACUUGUUAUGGGUCCAAAGCAGACACCAAAUAUCAGGAGGGCACUCCUCCGGGAUAUUGGCAAUCUAUGCUGUUUCUUUGGGCAGAGACAGAGUAAUGACUUUCUGUUGCCCAUCUUACCUGCUUUUCUAAAUGAUCGGGAUGUGCAGCUAAGGGCAGUGUUCUACGGCCAAAUUGUGUAUGUAUGCUUCUUCGUGGGCCAAAGAAGUGUGGAGGAAUAUCUUCUACCUUACAUUGAGCAAGCUUUAAGUGAUGCAUCCGAGGCUGUAAUUGUCAAUGCUUUGGAUUGCUUGGCCAUUCUGUGUAAAAGGGACUUCUUACGGAAGAGGAUACUGCUUGAGAUGAUAGAACGUGCCUUUCCAUUAUUAUGUUAUCCCAGUCAAUGGGUACGAAGAUCUGCUGUAACUUUCAUUGCAGCCAGCAGUGAGAGCUUAGGUGCAGUAGAUUCCUAUGUUUUCCUUGCCCCAUUUAUACGGCCUUUCCUCCGCAGACAACCAGCAUCUUUAGCUUCUGAAAAGGCUCUCCUUUCAUGUUUAAACCCUCCAGUCACAAGAGAGGCAUGCUAUCAAGUCUUAGAAAAUGCUAGGAGUUCGGAUAUGUUAGAGAGACAGAGAAAGAUAUGGUACAACUCAUCACCACAUUCUAAACAAUGGGAAACCAUGGAUUUAUUCAAGGGAGGGUCAAUGAAGAGUUGGCCAGAUAACCAACGAAGUACUGAAGAUAAAAAACCUGUGGGCAAUGCAUUACAACAGCCUGAGCUAGCUGAAUAUGAUGAUUGUGAGGCUAAGUUGAGAAGUGUGGGAAACUAUAUUCGCAAUGCUUCUAGCACAAUUGAUAUUCGUGACCUAGGCUCAGAAAAGUUAAAAUUCUCAGGCUUUAUGUCACCACAGGUUAGUGGUGUGAGUAGUUUUAUGUGCGAUAAAUCAUCUGAAGGGAUACCAUUGUAUUCCUUCAGCUUGGACAGGCGGGCAGCUGGAAUGCCUCCUGCCUCAUCUGAUUCUCCAUUACAAGUAAACUCCCCUGGAAUUGGUUCAUCAUCCAUGCCUUGGAUGGAUCCUGUAAAUAAAUCAUUUAGCCUGGCUAGUUCAGUUCCAGCACCUAAGCUUGUUUCAGGCUCAUAUAGCGUCAGCAAUGGUUCUAAACAGUUCCAUAGAGUGGUACAUGAACCAGAUGGCAAUGAUAAUGAUCAAAUGGUUUGUGUUAAUGGAAAAUUUCAAGAGACUGGAUCAUCUGGCAUAAUGAAAGGCAGUUCUAUUAUGGUGGAAGAUGCCUCCAGUUCAAAUGAUUUGACAGGAUUGCCAACUUUUGCACGAACAUCAUCAAUUCCAGAUUCAGGUUGGAGGCCACGAGGAGUGUUGGUUGCACACCUUCAGGAGCAUCGCUCGGCGGUUAAUGACAUAGCCAUAACUUCUGAUCAUAACUUUUUUGUGAGUGCAUCUGAUGAUUCCACUGUCAAGGUUUGGGAUUCGAGAAAAUUGGAAAAGGACAUCUCGUUUAGGUCAAGGCUAACUUAUCACUUAGAAGGAAGCCGGGCACUGUGUGCUACAAUGCUUCCGAGCUCUGCUCAAGUUAUUGUUGGAGCAUGUGAUGGCAUGAUACACAUGUUUUCUGUUGAUCAUAUUUCUAGAGGUCUUGGCAAUGUUGUCGAGAAGUAUUCAGGCAUUGCUGAUAUAAAAAAGAAGGAUGUUAAGGAAGGUGCUAUACUCAGCCUUCUGACCUACUCUGCCGAUAGUUCUUUCAGUCAGAUGGUACUGUUUAGUACCCAAAAUUGUGGGAUCCAUCUGUGGGAUACAAGAAAAAACUCCAGCUCAUGGACACUUAAAGCAACUCCAGAGGAGGGCUAUGUGUCGUCUUUGGUAAACGGUCCUUGUGGGAAUUGGUUCGUGUCAGGAUCUUCAAGGGGUGUGCUUACUCUUUGGGAUCUGAGGUUCCUUGUACCUGUGAAUUCAUGGCAGUAUUCUCUUCCAUGCCCCAUAGAGAAAAUGUGCCCUUUUGCUCCUUUUGUUCCUCCCCAAAAUGCUUCUGUAUCUACCACUGCAAGACCCCUUAUUUACGUUGCUGCUGGUUGCAAUGAAGUUUCUCUUUGGAAUGCAGAAAAUGGGAGCUGCCACCAGGUGUUGCGAGUGACGAACUAUGACAAUGAUGCUGAAAUGGGUGAUGGUCCUUGGGCCUUAGCAAGACCAUCGAGUAAGUCAAACCCUAAAUCAGAUCUGAGACGGAAUGUCAAUCCAAGGUACAGAGUUGAUGAACUGAAUGAACCAUCUUCUCGGCUUCCUGGUAUUCGUUCAUUGCUUCCCUUACCUGGGGGUGAUUUGUUAACUGGUGGUUCUGAUUUGAAGAUACGCCGAUAUCAUUACAGUCCCGAUCGAACUUAUUGUAUCUGUGGGCCAAACUUGAAUGGAGUUGGGAACGAUGAUUUCUAUGAAGCUAGAUCUAGUUUUGGUGUGCAAGUUGUGCAGGAGACAAGGAGACGGCCUCUAACUAGUAAGUUGACAUCAAAGGCAGUUCUUGCAACUGCUGCCACCGACUCUGCAGGUUGCCACCGUGACUCCAUUCUAGCUCUCGCUUCUGUAAAGUUGAACCAGAGACUCUUGAUAUCGAGCAGUAGAGACGGGGCUAUCAAGAUUUGGAAGUAAAUGACUUAGGCAUACCCAUGAUGAUGUACAUAUUUAAGGCCAAUGCUGUUUGAAAUUGUAUAUUAUAUUCCAUGACUACCAUACAUACAUAUGAAGUUAUACCACUCUGAGUUGUACAGCACGUAAGCAUGUAGGAUUAGUUAGCAGAUUGUAGUGCUGGAUGCUAGGUUUCGAGGACAUUAUUUUAUAUAUUCUUUUAAAUUAUAUUUUGCCCAUAAAAAGAGUGAAUCUAGAGAUCGGAAAUAGAUUUUCCCAAGUAA